UACCGGCUGAGUUAGAUCCGAGUGGACCCGGAGAAGAGAGCAGAAGAGCGAAGAAGAUUGCAAAGAAGCGAGAUGGCGCUAUGGAUGGAGGCGGGGUCCAACCCCGUCACCGAGAGCGAAAGAGCCGACUUGGACGCCAUCGCCGCCCUCAAAGACUCCGCCGCCCAAGAGCUCAAGGAGCAAGGUAACCAGUAUCUCAAGAUGGGUAAGAAGCAUUACAGAGACGCAAUUGAUUGCUAUACUAGGGCUAUAAACCAGAAAGCCUCAAGUGACUCAGAUAACUCAAUCCUCUUUGCAAAUCGUGCCCAUGUAAAUUUGCUUUUGGGAAAUAAUAGACGUGCCUUGCAAGAUGCAGAGGAGGCAAUUAAGUUGUGUUCAACAAAUGUCAAGGCAUACUACAGAGCUGCCAAAGCGGCCUUCUCCUUAAACCUGUUGACUGAAGCAGCAUCAUUCUGCCAAAGGGGACUUGAACAGUUCCCUUCUAAUGAAGAGCUCAAGAAGUUAUCAGUACAAAUUGAUUUGCGGAAGAAAGAGCAUGAAAAUCACAAGAUGCAAAUGUCGAAAACCGUGGCUGCAGCUAAGGAGCUUGCAUCUACAAUUGAGAAUAGAGGCCUGAAGCUUGGGAAGGCCGUGUAUCAAGAACUCACUGGAUUAAGGAAACCAGUACUAGAUAGUAGCAAUAUUCUUCACUGGCCGGUUCUUCUUCUUUAUGCAGAGGUUAUGUCAAGUGAUUUUAUUGAGGACUUCUGUGAGACUGACAAGUUCUCAUCUCAUCUGGAUAUGAUGUUUUCUGAAAGUUCUUUGCCAUUGCCAUGGGAUGAGAAUUGUGCUUACACACGAGAUGCUGUUGAGUUGUACUAUCAGGCUGGUAGUGGAACUUUAAUGUCAAAGAGGGAAGUUCUUAAAUAUCUACUAGAAGGCACUGUUGAUUCUUCUGCAGAAGUCCUUGGUGAUGAAGCAAAGGACGAUGAACAAAAUUCAGACGAUUCUGUUGCUUCAAUGAGUAACAGGUCUGGUAAAUGGAUCAAGGUGAAUGAGAAGCAGACACUCCAUGACAUCCUGCGGAAACCGGACUAUAUCAUCCCUGCAAUCCCAGUAUUCUUUGUUGUCUCAAAGAAAUCCAGUUUCUAUCAUGAUUUCAGAGCUGGAAAAUGGUCUGCACCCUGAAUUUCCUGUGUAUCAUCAACAUAGCACGGUUGAAUUCUCAUGUACUAAUAGGGACUGGUUAGAUGUUUUUGUAUUAAUCAUGCGUAUGUCGCAAUGGGUUCUGACAAAUAAUACAUUAAGCAUACUUGAUGCUCACAGUAUGAUCAUAUGGGUAUAAUUUAUUCAUCCUUGUGUCACACUGUUCAUUAAUUAGAUUCCAGUAUGUUGUAUUUUACUACCAAACAAGGUGGGUUAAUAGAUAAUUCAGCCUAUCAUAUUCAGCAGCA